AUGGCCAUUCUCAAUAGCUGCCGUGUGGCGAAAGCAAAGUGCGAACUGGUUACCGGCCGGCCACAGUGUCGCCGAUGUUUCUUGUCCUCCGCAGCGUGCGUUUUCCCGCCCAGUCGGCGCGGGCGAGUCAAGGGAAGCAAGAAUCGGCGCACUUUGGACAAGCUCCGAGAUGAGCAGGCGUUGUCCUCGUGGCUCAGAGCACAGACUCAGCCUGUUCUUGGAGUGGAAACCUCAACCACUUCCCAGUCUCUGUUGACGCCUGAGUCUGGGCUGUAUGGAAGAGGAAAUGCGGAGGCCAUUUCGGAUGUUCGAGACUCUUCCGGAAACAACCUGACCGCCGGAAGCCAAUGUGAAAUCGAUCUUGAUGACAGUGUCUCUCGGGAAGCCUCAUAUGGCUCUCGUGGAACUAUACUGUCCCCGUCCGAGCCUGAAAAGAUCCUGCACAUUCCCGGCAAGCUUCCAAUCGAGAAAGGUAAAAGCCAUGAGGUUGCCAAUGACGCGAAAGGUCUGCAAGACCCCUUGUGGGCGAUGGCUGGACUUGCAGAGCGCGGCUGGGACCUCCAUGGUAUACAUGGCCACCAGAGCAACAGCGUAGAGCCCCCCGCUUCGCGUACAUCUCCUGGUUUACCGGUGGAGGAAGCGCGUCUUCUCAGAAAGUGGAAAACUAAAGAUCUCCAAGAAAUCGAAAAGGAACACAGCCGCUAUUAUGAGCAUGGACUGUCCGGAUCCAAGUGCGAUGUAGCCCCUGAUCUGGACCCUAUCCAGCGGGGGUUAGUCACGAAGCAAAGGCCAAAGGACCUUUUCGAGGCGUAUUUUGACAUGAUCAAUCCCCAAUGGGCGGUGUUAGACCCUACGAUUCACACCGUGGAGUAUGUGAGCGCGCGGUCGGCCUUAUUGACGACCACUAUUCUUGCUGUUGGUGCUACAGCUCUCUCCCAGUUGCCCGAUAGCCCGAAAUGGCAGGCCACCGAAGCGCUCCGUCUCCAUGCGCAUACCCAAAAUCUCAAGCUCGUCGUCUUUGCCGCUGGCGCUAGGUCUAUUGAGAUAGUUCAAGCGCAAAUUAUUUUAUCCCGGUGGGGUGUUUCUCCCAGUUCGCGACUCGACGAACAGCGGUGGAUGCAUGCUGCCAUGGUGCCCAGAAUGGCUGCUGAAAUUGGACUGAGCCUGUCUCUCCGCUACGACGAGGAUGGCUGUGAUACCGCGGAGGCUGAGAAACUUCGGAACAACAAUUGUCGCACCAGAGCUUUCAUGAUAAUUAAUGAACAUCGUUUCGCAAGUUUCGCCGGCCGCCAUCCCAUGGAUCUUGCCCCGUUCGAGUUGGAUAACAACGAGUUGGAUACCGUUACACAUCUCUAUUGGGGGCCAUCUUGCAUUUCGCUGGCGGCACUUUAUCAUCUCUUUCUUUUCGACAAAGAUGUGCGGAGAAGAUUGGAGCAGUAUCAGUCAGGGCCUGGAGCUGGCCUCUCCAUUGACGCUGAGCUCGAGCAUGUAAAGUCGUAUACUGAGAAGUGGAUCCAGGAAUGGUGUCAUACAGAAGGGAAAUCUCACCUCAACUGGCACCUAUCACACGACGCCCUUAGCUGUUGGCUUCUCUUGGCCGUCCAUCUUGCAAGAAGACGGACUCAACUGUGCAAUGCGUCCCAAAUCAGCCACAGGCGGCAGCAGGAACAACAGCGGCUUCUGCUGGGUCUCUGUACAAGGCUAUUUGCGGAGUCACUGAAAGCCCCAGGAGCAGUACGAACGACCCACCGCGCAGGCAUUUUCCCUUUCGCGGCAUCCAUUCUCCUCCGAUUAGGUGGGAAGCGCGACCUUGUCCUUCGUACUGCCCUGCAUAUGGCUGGAGAGCCCGGAAAGCCGCAUGUUCCUACAUUUGUUCGACAGUCAGGAACCCAAAUGCUAGUGAUGCUCUGUAAGACACAUCUUUCCCGAGCCCCAACACCGAUGCCGCAGGCCCCCAUCGGACCUGACCAUGGCCAGCCACAUCUCGUUGAAGAAGAGCUAGAAGCGGGCGGUAGUCAGGGUUCUCAGGCACAUGAACCCAUGUUGUCAAACAGAGACAUUCAUGGUUCGCAAACAACGGAGGGGGGCAUCUUUCCCUCGUUCAACCUUCCAGAGUUUCCAUAUGUCCCGAAUCCAGAUCUGCCGCAAAUGCAAGUCCAAGGGUCCCUUCUGCUUCCGCCUUCUCCCCUUGGUGACCCUGCCCAAUGGGGGCUUGCAGACCUAGAAAAUUGGAUUGGAACAACGACCUUAUCAGAGCCCUUACAAGAGUCUGGAAAUUACGCGCCAAUGCAAGUCACGUCCGUCGGGCUGCCAUUCGACUCGAUGGCUCCAUGUAGGGUUCCUCUAGAGGAUCCUCAUACCGAGGUCACUUGGAAUAGAGAUGAUCUGUCCCCUGCCAACACAUUUCCCACAGCCCCCGGUGUUAGCACGACCAGGGGGAAUACCGCCAAUGAACAGCGGGAGUAUUUGCUGUCUGCUGUUGACCAUCUUAAACAGCUUGUCUCCCUGAUUCAGUGA